AUGGCGAACAAGGCGACGGCGGCGACCUCCUGGCGGUGGCGGCUUCUACUGCUGCUUCUCGUCACCGUGGCCGCCCUAUGCUGGAUUCCUCCGGCGAUCGCUGCGGCGGCGGCGGCCGCAGCCGCAUCGACGGCCAAUGGAGCGCGGAGGUCGCUGCUCGGCUUCGUGGAGGCGCAGGGGAACGCGUCCUACCACUGCACGCCCUCCGGUCCCUGCGUUCCCUGCCAGUAUUCUGAGAAGAAUGAUGAAAAGUAUAGCUGCAGCGAAACUGGCUAUCGCCUGCCCUUGAAAUGUGUAGAGGCACAAAAUGCUACAAAAGAAGGAAACAAGAGCAAGCAGAGGAAGAUAUUGGAUGAUGCAUCAACAUCAGGUGGCACAAAAUCCGCAAAGCAUUAUAUUACUUACAGAAGUUGUGUGCCAUUGGUUGGAGAAGAGAAGUUAUCUGUUCUUGGUUUUGAGGUAAUGAUGGGCGGGAUGUUGUUAGUAAGUGGCCCGUUUGUAUAUUACCGGAAACGGCGUACAAAUCUUAUGCAGGGAGCUGCAAGAAUCCCGACAAGUGAUCCUAGGUUCUAG